UGCAGCAAAAUGAAGUUGUUUCUGUUCUCUUCCAGGGCUUUCUGUUCUGUGUAUUCAACAAACGAGACGCUUGGGAUUUACUAAGGCCAUUUUCUAGGGUUAGGGUUAGGGUUAGGGUUAGGGUUUUGAACCAGAAGAAGAAGAAGAAAUGCAGUCAUACGGAGUUCAGUCGAUGCUGAAGGAGGGUCACAAGCAUUUCUCUGGUCUCGACGAAGCAGUGUCCAAGAACAUCGACGCUUGCAAGCAGCUUUCAUCCAUUACUCGCACUUCUCUUGGUCCCAAUGGUAUGAACAAGAUGGUGAUUAAUCAUUUGGACAAGCUAUUUGUCACGAAUGAUGCGGCGACUAUUGUGAACGAGCUUGAGGUUCAGCAUCCCGCUGCGAAGAUUUUGGUUUUGGCAGGGAAGGCUCAGCAGGAGGAGAUUGGGGAUGGUGCUAAUUUAACCAUUUCCUUUGCCGGGGAGCUCCUUCAAAAUGCGGAGGAGCUUAUCCGGAUGGGCCUGCACCCGAGUGAGAUAAUUAGCGGAUACACCAAGGCCAUUAAUAAGACUGUCGAGAUCUUAGAUGAAUUGGUGGAGAAAGGCUCUGAAAACAUGGAUGUUCGCGACAAGGAGCAAGUGAUUUCUCGAAUGAAAGCUGCUGUUGCCAGCAAGCAAUUCGGACAAGAAGAUAUUUUAUCCUCACUUGUUGCUGAUGCAUGCAUUCAAGUCUGCCCCAAGAAUCCAGCAAACUUUAAUGUGGACAAUGUACGUGUGGCGAAGCUCUUGGGAGGGGGUUUGCACAAUAGUACAGUAGUACGGGGUAUGGUUUUGAAGGGUGACUCUGUAGGAAGUAUAAAGCGAGUGGAAAAGGCCAAGGUUGUUGUAUUCGCUGGUGGUGUGGAUACCUCUGCCCCUGACACAAAGGCAACGGUCUUAAUUCACAGUGCUGAACAGCUAGAAAAUUACGCAAAAACUGAAGAAGCUAAAGUUGAGGAGCUCAUCAAAGCGGUUGCAGAUUCAGGUGCCAAAGUAAUUGCCAGUGGAGCAGCAGUUGGAGAGAUGGCACUACAUUUCUGUGAGCGCUACAAGCUUAUGGUUUUGAAAAUUAGUUCAAAAUUUGAGCUAAGGCGAUUUUGCCGUACAACUGGUGCUGUUGCCCAUUUGAAGCUUAGCCAGCCAAACCCGGAUGAUCUAGGAUAUGUUGAUUCUAUUUCGGUUGAAGAAAUAGGUGGUGUUAGGGUGACUGUUGUCAAGAAUGAAGAAGGUGGAAACUCUGUAGCUACGGUUGUAUUGCGAGGAAGCACGGAUAGCAUAUUAGACGACCUUGAAAGGGCAGUUGAUGAUGGUGUAAACACUUACAAGGCUAUGUGCAGGGACAGUCGUAUACUUCCUGGUGCUGCUGCUACAGAAAUUGAGUUGGCUAAGAGAGUGAAGGAGUUUUCAUUUAAAGAAACAGGGUUGGAUCAAUACGCCAUUGCAAAAUUUGCUGAGAGUUUUGAGAUAGUACCUAAAACCCUCGCUGAGAAUGCUGGACUCAAUGCAAUGGAAAUCAUUUCUUCUUUAUAUGCUGAACAUGCAUCUGGAAAUGCCAAAGUUGGAAUUGACUUGGAGGAAGGUGUUUGCAAGGAUGUCUCGACUAUGAUUAUUUGGGAUCUUCAUGUUACCAAGUUCUUUGCUCUCAAGUAUGCUGCUGAUGCUGCCUGCACUGUAUUGCGUGUAGACCAGAUAAUCAUGGCGAAACCAGCAGGUGGCCCAAGAAGAGAUCAGCCUGCCGGAAUGGAUGAGGACUAGAUAUCGUUCAACUGGGAUUUACCUAAUUUUUCUUUCGUUUUUCCUAGGAAAGUUUGAGCUUUUGUUUUCCGAAAUUUUUUCCUUGGAAAUUUUGGUUUGUGGUGACCAUAUAUUAUCUCAAAACUGUAAUGCUUUUGUACAUGCCACUAGCUUUCUGCUUGGAUUGGUUUGGCUGUAGUUUUUGAAAAAUGAUUACAGGUUUUGGUUUUCAUUUUUAGGAGGAUGAUUUUAGUAUGUGAAUGAUAAUGUUAGUUGUCAUAUUGUUACUACA